GGAUUAAUAAAUACAGUACAAUAUACGAUGAGCAAUACAGCACUUCCCUCAGUUCUUGUGCUCAGUCCCUCGUUUGUUCAGCAGACAUAAGCAGGGACCGUCCCUACCCCUCAAAAUACAGUAUUUGUAACCCACCAGCAAAGAUGUUUACUGUGAUAUGUACCCACCGCCUCUUUUAAUAUCCCCCACCCCCCUCUCUUCUGAAAGACAUCAACUUUUUGAGACUAUCUUCUCUCUCUCUACCUAGAUUUCUCUGGCUUCAGUUGAGUCACAUUUUGCCUCUGUUCUCUGCUAGGAACAAAAGAAAAACAAAAAAAAAUGACAAAUAAUUAUGAAUGAAAUUCAUUAGGCCCCUUUAUCUUUAUGUUUGUGGGUUUCCCCACUUUUUUUUAUGUGAAUUAAACGUUGACAAACUUCAUAUCUCAAUGCGCUUUUAGCUCUUUAGUGCCUCUCCCAGAUCUACCUCCACCCAACCUCAAAGUCUAAUUUCUUUUUUUCUCUAGUAGUUUUUGGACUGAACAAAAAAUGAGCAAGGAAGAGUUCUUGAAGAUCCAGACUUGUGUUCUAAAAGUAAAUAUACACUGUGAAGGCUGUAAGAAUAAAGUGAAGAAAAUCUUGCAGAGGAUUGAAGGUUUAUGUUCUGCUACAGGGGUUUAUACUAUAGGUAUCGAAUCAGAAUCGGGCAAGGUCACAGUUUCUGGAAAUGUAGACCCUUCUACUCUGAUCAAUAAACUGAGGAAGAAGGGCAAGCACGCGGAGUUAUGGGUUAGCCCAAAGGCGAAAAACAAUCCUAAUCAGUUCCUCGAUCAGUUCAAGAAUAUGCAAAUCGGCAAUAACAGUAAAGGUGGGAAUGACAAGGGGAAGGGCGUAAAAGGGAAUAAUGACAUCAACAAUCAGAUGCAGAUCAAAGGUGGAAAUCUUGGAAUGCCAAAUCCCCAGCAGCUUCAGCAGCUGAAGGCUCUUCAAGAUUUAAAGAUGCAUCCCCAAUUCAAGGACAUGAAGAUGCCCAUGAAUGCGGGUGGUGGUGGAUUUGGCGGUGGUGGUAGUAAUGGAGGCAACAACCCCAAGAAUAUCAAGUUUGACACGCCUGAUGAGGAUGAUGAUUUUACGGAUGAUGAUGACUAUGAUGACGAUGAUGACUAUGAUGAUGAUGAAGAAGAUGAUGAAGAUGAUGAUGACGAUUUUGAAGAAAAAAUGGAUAACAUGCCUCCCAAUAAGAUGAAGCUUACAAUGGAUAACAGCGGUGGCAGUGGUGGUGGUGGUGGUCAAAUGCCAAAAAUGAUGCAAUUCAUGAAUGGGAGGAAAGAUGGAGGUGGUGGUGGAAUGAUGCCUCAGAUGGGCAUGGGAGGAGGUGGCAACAAGGGUGGCAAUGGUUUCCCGCUAUCCAAUCAUAGCGGGAAGAAUAUUAUUGGUGGGCAUCAUCAAGAAGUAAAGAAUGCAGAUGGUCAGAAUAAGAGCACUAAUGGUGGCCAUGCUAGCAGUAAUGGUGGAGGUAAUAAGGGAAAUGGAAAUAAGGAUGGACCUCCAAGCAUGCAAGAGUUGAUGGCAAUGAAAGCCCGUUUUCCUAACAUGGGGCCAAUGGGGAACAACAACAUGUCGAUGGGCCGAACGGGUCAUAGCAUGGGCGAUAUGAGUAAUAAUCUCCAAAUGGGCCGAUACCCGGCAGUCCAAGGCUUACCUGCACCUGGUAUGAACUCUGCCAGCAGCAAUAAUGGGGGUUACUAUCAGGCAGCCAGGCCCGAGAUUUUGGCGGGGAACCCCUACCAACAACCGCAAAUGCCCGCGAUGAUGAUGAACCAGCAGCUGGAGCACCAGCAGAUGAUGUACCACCCUCCACAGCCACAACCAAUGAACUACAUGCACCACCAGCCUUACCCAUACCAUCCCUACCCCCCACCUCCAAUAAGUACCAACUAUGGCUCAACUUCGUCCGUCAACGAUGAUGAGAGCCCUUCAGCUUGUAUAGUUAUGUGAUCAAGUCCCCGCCAAAAUUAGCUGCUAAGGUGCUGGAGGAUGGUUAUAUUGGCUGAAGUGGCAGUGUGACAAAUAGUUCAACUACUUGCUAAUCUGUUGAUCUGCCAUAAUACACAAGCCAAAGAUAUGAAUAUAGUGUUCCAUUUGCUGCUUAGUUUUCUCUUUCGUUCCUAUUUCCUUUCCCUAAAAGUCCCUUUCAAUAUCAGUAUAUAGAGUUCAAGUUUAGAGGCAUUUGAUAGGUAUAUGUAAGUGGGAGAUGUUUGUACAUGUAACUUGGAAACCAUAUAAUUAUAGAAAUAAAUAUUUGCUGGAGGUUUCACUAAAACAUAGUUAGUGAAUUUCACUUUAUCUCAUACUUGACUAUCACACCAUGUUCAAUUUCUAUAGAGGAUUAUUAAUGUUAUUUUCUUUCCAGAAAUAA